CAGAAGUACUGAACGAUAAUUUUAUAGAAACGGGAACAAUAAUAAUAAUAAAUUACUUCUAUGGUGUUUUUAGUGUAAAAGAAUUGAAUAAAAAAAAUCAUAAAAUUUAAAAGUAAAAUUAACCAAAACAAAUUUAAAAGUGAUAAGGAACUAGUAGAGCUUGUAGAGGUUCCUGGGCCAAAGAAAAAAAAUAAAGAAAUUUAAAUUUUUUCUAAGUGAAACAAAAAAAAAAAACAAUUUUUUAAAUUUAUUACUUUUUUUUACAAAAUAAUCACUAACUGUUAUACGCCCUACUGUGUAUGACAGUUUAAUCAACAUUUAAUAGUGUUAACAGUAACAGUAUAUCCACCUUUAUAUUCCUUAUCAAUUUAAAAUAAAACAUUUUCAACAGAAAACCUUUAUAUUUGAAAACAAAACCAAAAAAAAAAAAAAAAACUAAAGAAAAUUUCAUAUAAAUUCCAGGUGUUUUUCACAAUUUUCAUUCAUUAAUCGCUCGUAUACAACUACGAGCAAACGAGUCCGCAACGAACGCACAACAGAUAUUUUCUAUAACAAAUCAAAUCAAGUGUUUGAAAAAUGUUGAAAUUAUUUUAUAAAUUACUUUUAACAUUCUUAAUCGUAAAUAAUACCGCUUGGGCUUUGGAAAAUGGUUUAGCUCGUACACCACCCAUGGGCUGGAUGCAUUGGGAACGCUUUCGUUGUAUAACAGAUUGUAAAAGAUUUCCAGAUGAAUGUAUAAGUGAAAAUCUUUUCAAACGUACCACCGAUCUGCUAGUCGAUGAGGGUUAUUUAGCGGCUGGCUAUGAAUAUGUCAUUAUCGAUGACUGUUGGUUAGAGAAGGAUAGAGAUAAUGUUACCAAUAAACUAGUAGAAGAUCGUUAUAGAUUUCCUAGUGGUCUCAAUCACUUGGCCGAUUAUAUUCACAAUAAAGGCGUAAAAUUCGGUUUGUAUCAAGAUUAUGGUACAAAUACCUGUGCCGGCUAUCCAGGUGUUAUCAAACAUAUGGCCUUGGAUGCCCAAACAUUUGCCGAAUGGGAUGUAGAUUAUGUUAAAUUAGAUGGUUGUUAUGCUGAUAUCAAUGAAAUGGAUCAAGGUUAUCCGGAAUUUGGUAGACUAUUAAAUCGUACCGGUAGACCCAUGGUGUACUCGUGCAGCUGGCCUGUGUAUCAGGAGUAUGAGGGAAAAUUGCCCAAUUAUGAAGCUUUAAAGGAACACUGUAAUCUAUGGCGUAAUUGGAAUGAUAUUGAUGAUUCUUUUGAGUCGGUGGCUCAAAUUAUGGAUUAUUUUUCGAAAAAUCAAGAUAGAAUACAACCACAUGCAGGACCUGGUCAUUGGAAUGAUCCAGAUAUGUUAAUUUUAGGCAAUUAUGGUUUAUCGUACGAUCAAAGUAAAUUACAAAUGGCGGUUUGGUCUAUUUUGGCAGCUCCCUUAAUUAUGUCUAAUGAUUUAGCUACAGUGAGGCCAGAAAUCAAGGAGAUUUUACAAAAUAGAUAUGUCAUCGCUGUGGAUCAAGACCCCUUGGGCAUUCAGGGACGUCGUGUAUUGUUGAGAAAUAAAAUCGAGGUUUGGACUCGUCCUAUUACUCCCGUCGCUGCCAACAAUCAAUACUCUUAUGCCGUUGCCUUUGUUAGUCGUCGAGCUGAUGGUGCUCCCUAUCCUACUAAAUUUAAAUUAAGUGACUUAAAUCUUAAUAAUAAACUUGGCUAUACGGUUACGGAUCUGUAUGAUAAUAACAAGAAUGUGGGUACUUAUAAGCCAGGACAUAUUUUCCAAACACGUAUUAUACCUAAUGGUGUCACCUUUUACAAAUUCACUGCUUUAAAUUGAUUGAUCUUUUCGGCAAAUAAUAUUUAAAAAACGAUUGAUCACUGUAGUCGAGUAUGUCGAUAAAAAGAAAUAUUGUUAUAAUUAAUAAAGAAAUGUUUAAAACAUUUACAUUUAA